CUUACUUAUGUACGUAUGGUUUUAGCUCGUUAUUACAGAAGGAAGACUCCGAAUCCAAUCCAACAGAUAGAAACCAACAACAGCGUAAAUAUCUGUGUAUGGAAAGUAUUGAUACGGCUGUCCUCAUUUACUUUUUAUAGCUCGUUGUUUGUCAUGCCUAUUCCCCAGCUAUUGUCCAGAGCGACAUUAUGGAUGGCUAUCAAUCAAUAAUAUCUUCAUCGGUAACUUGAAUACUGUUCUGAAUAAUCUGCAUGGUUGAUUUUACUCGGAGCAUUCGCUUUGUGGUUGUUGUAAGCGAAGUGCACCCAAACUUUUAGUGUAGUUUUGUCUCAUUUUCCAACUUUGGUCAUUGAGACUUUAAAACCACUGCUGCUUAAUUUUAACUCGAGUUAUCUCAAUUCAAUUAGACUAUUUAUCAAUACAUAUUUCAGUUUUCGCUACCGUUUUGUACCUUACAUGUAAAUACAGUGCUCGUCUUUGUCUAGAUGAUUCAAUGACCGUGGCAUCCAAAUCAAGCUCAAGUGUGAAGUGCAAAAUUAAUGCUAAAUCUGCGAAAACAAACCAUACUUAUUCUCGUGCACAUGUAAUGUACGUAAUCAUGUAAGUAGGAUAUCAGUGGAAAACCUUUUUUGUGAAUGUGUGAUGUUGCUGUAUGAAGUAUGACAGCUAAUUACCAUUUAUAAAUAACGUAUAUCUUGACAUGAGUGAGCGAAGGAUCCAAUCUGGGUGAUGUGAUAAGUGAUUAUAAUUAUAUAAGUCAUCCCAGCAUCUUUAAUACCAACAACGUUAAAUAUUAUGUGACAUUUUAUUAUUUAUCGAUGUACGUAUCCUGCCACGGAAAGUUUGAGAGUUUGUCCGAGGAGGGAAAGUUUAUACUCCUACAUCGUCCACGUUGACAAUUCACGAUAUUGUUUUUUUCUGUUGGCUGACCUUACAAGUUUCUUUUGAAAUAAAGAUGCAAAAAGUUCAACUUUGCUGCUGAUUAGUUUCAAGGUUAUCGAUUGUUGAAGCACAAGCACUUCUUCCCUUCCGGGUUCAUGAGAGUCGCCCGUCAGAGCAAUCUGUUCUGUUUCAACUUUCAGUGUCUGCCUAGGAAUUGGAAUAUUACUGUUUCUGGGUUUGUAAAUUAUCAAACUGGAUUCGCAAAAGUUUUCUUUUGAUGGGUUUCAACGACUCUCGUUGUUGAAACUCGACUGUCGUCUUCGAAAUUAUCGCCAGGAUAAUGACAACAGUGUGCCAACACCCAACCCUCAAGUCACUACUAUGACGGGUAUCGUUCCAGAUCAACACCAAUUACAAGACCAUGAAAAUAACCACAUCCCCCUGAAUAGUAACGACCCCAGUCGCGAAAAUAUUUCCCUCCCCUUGAAUAGUAAUGACCCCAGUCGCGAAAAUAUUCCCCUCCCUUUGGAUAGUAAUGACCCAAAUCCCAGAAGUACAAGUGAGGGUGAAAACCCCAUAAAUGACAGUGUCCAUCCUAAUAUUCUUGCUGAAGCGAAUUGUUUGGUGAAAGACACUCCUGUUUCGAAUGCUGCUACUACUAUUGCCACUACUACUAGUCAACAUGAAAAUCGAUCUCCAAUUACUUUGACAUCGUCAGUUGCAAAUUAUGAGUCUGAUUCUGGUGAGAUGGAAAUUGAUGAUGGCGGUGGAAAUAAUAGGCAAACAUUAGAGAAUGACGGUGCUGAUGGGGAUGCAAAAGAAAUUGAAACAAGUUCAUCUACAGCAGCUAGUGCAGCAGUUGGAGAUGUUACUCUUGAACAUAAAUCAGAUGAGACAAUGCAUACAGACGAAGGGUUGUCCCAAGACAAGAAUCAAUCCAUCAACAGCUCAGACGCUCUGAAAUUGAACGACAAGCUAGUCGUACUGGCAGAAGUGGUGCCAAGAGCUGAGGAGGAGGAGGAAAUGCCGCUACAACGCCUUGUGGAAAAUGAAGGUAAUUGCAAACCCGUGCUGAGUCCACCUAUACCUGUCAGUAAUGUGCAAGGUACGCAUCGUGACCUUGCUCCUUCUGGUGCUGCUACCGUAAGAAAUCAAAAACGACCAAUCGCAUCAGACACAAGAUCAACCGUUGAGCAUGCGAAUCCUAAUCCCCCCAUUGAGAUGCCCAUAGGCACACUGCCACAAUUUUGUAUUUUUUGUCCUGCAAGUUUCAAGAAAAAUGAAGAUUAUGAAACCCACAUAGUCCUGUGCAACCCAGUCCUUGCCAAUAUGACCAAUUUUCGGAAACGAAAGUGUUUAGUCUGCAAUAGAACAAUUCGCCACUUCAAUGUAACUGGCUUAUUGAGGCACAGCAUCAGUUGCAUCAUCAUGGACCGCUCAAACAGAUUAGCAAAAGAAGCAGCCUUAAAUAAAGCACAAAAAGAGGCAGCAGUUGAGGUCACGAAUAAUGUGGAAGAACAGAAUAACGAGAUUACUACCAAGGCAGAUGUACCCAAGGAUAGCGAUGUUAAACUGACUGCGGGGGCCAGUAGUAUUGGCAAGUCUUCUCACGUUCAAAGGAAUCCGCAGUCAAAUUCUCAAUCAACUUACAGCAAGGAACAGGAAGAAGAGUUGGAAGAUUUUUUUCUAACCGAACAAUUUCCCGCACCAAAACAGCUAACGCUGUUAUCCAAGCAAACAGGAUUGAUAUAUGCUCAAGUUAAGGAAUGGUUUGAAAGAAAGCGUUAUCGCAUGAAUUUGGAUGGAACGGCACCUGCUACUUCUUCACAUUCCAUACGAAAUGCAAAUAAAUCACAAUCUGGAAUCACUAGUGUUAAGUACUCUGCACAGAACAUAACCAUAUUGACUACUUUCUUCAAGAAAAAUAUGCAUCCCUCAACCAUCGAGGUAUCUUCUUUGGCCAGGAAAACUAAACUUAGAAGUCGUGAUAUUAAUCAUUGGUUUCAAAUUUCAAGAAGCAAGAUCCUAAGUCGUGAGCACCAGCAUAAGAAAGUUCAACCUCCUGUAAGAAGCGCAUCUCCCUCGACAAGUAAUCAACUGUUAGAUGAAGAUUCAGUGGACGAUGAUAAUGAUGAUGAGGUGAGCUCACACUCUUCUAUGGAAGAAGGAAGAACCAUCAACAACAAAUCAACAAUAAAACCAGUUCAAAGUUUCUCAGAGCUUUCGAGCGGUUUGCAGUCGAUUAUGAUGGAAGCUUUCAAGAAAACUCCAAAACCUGCUGUAUUAGAUGUAAUUCACUUGUCCCAGAAAACAGGUCUUUCAACAAGUGGUGUUACGGCUUGGUUUGCAAAACAAAGGAAAGCUGGUUCUUCAUAUGGCUAUCAGAAUAAUUCCCCAUCAGUGUUGACCGGAAAUAAUGAUGGAUAUGCUUCAAAAAAUUACGACUUUGAUGAACAGGAGGAACAAUACCACCCAGGAAACAAUGUGAAAUUGAUGACUAGUCGACAAAAAUUAGCCGCGAUUAAGAAGAUAACGUGUCAAGAAAUUAAAGGCAUUCUCACCGAGCGUAAAUCUGUCAUUGUUCAGAUCCUAUUACUCUUUGCCGCAUCCGGGUCGGGUAUACAACAAGCAUUGGAGUUCGAAUGUAUGAAUUUAGCUGAAGCACUUGAAACCAACAAUCCCUUUACUCCCACUCAGACAACGUACUUUAGUGAAUGGGAAGAUGAUUUCGUGAUUGGGAUGUAUCCUGAGAAGAAUGAUCCUGGUUGGAUUUGCGCCGUGGACGCAUUCAGGGAGAAAAUACUUAAGAAUUGGUCCAGGGUGCUCGUGUUUGCCAAAUUUACACAAUGCUCUCUCGAGGAAGCAGCCGUCACCAUCUUAAAGUUGACGUUGACUAGGGGUCAGAAAGAUAUUGAUGUUCAAUGGGAAAUGCUUCACUUAUUCUCUCAACUUGAAACGACUGUGACAUACAAUUAUCCAGACGAAGAGCUAUAUGAUAUCGACUCAUCCGAUUAGUCAAUAGUUAAGUUAUUAUAAGAUCGCUACUUAUUUACUUAUGGCCAUACAACGAGAAAUGUCGAGAUUAUAUUUUUAAUUUUCUACGAAACUUUUGAUACCUAAUUAUGUUUGUCCACUUUACAUACUCCUACGCUUAUGUAUCGAACUUAUAAGUUUUAAUCAUUGGUUACUUAUAUUUACCCUUUGAAAUAAACCAGGUUUAACCAUUGAUUGAUUUCAAAAUACGCAUAUGCAAACUUAAAUAUGUAAACCAAAAAGUUUACGAGUACAAACAAAUACAAAUUACUACACCCUUAA